GCCGGAAAGAGCGCUCGGGGAGCGUACCGCGCAGGCGCGCCGGAGUUCCAGGCGGCAUCAUGGCGUCCCGUGAGGUGAUCGGGCCUUCGCUGCCUCCGCCUUUAGCCGCUUCGGUGGACUCCGAGCCCGUUGCAGGACCAGCCUUGCCUCCUGGCUUCAAGGGAAACUCGGGAAACUCUGAUGAUGAGCAGAAACGGGUCUCUGCUCAGAUGGCCGGAGAGACAGAGUCUGAUUCCGAAGAGGAUGAAGAUUCAAGCCCAGUUCCCAGGAAACAGAGGAGAUCUCAGGAAGACGAUGAGGAUGGGUUUUUUGGGCCUGCCCUUCCUCCUGGAUUUAAAAAGCAAGAGGAGUCACCGGAAAGACCUAUUAUAGGUCCUGCUUUGCCACCAGGCUUUAAGAAACCGUCAGAAGACGCUGAAGAAAAACGAGGCAACAAAAGCCAGGCGAGCGAUAGUAGCAAAGAAGAGGAAGAUAUAUUUGGUCCUAUGCCAGCCAAGGGAUCGGUGAAGUCCAACCCCGGUGCUGAGAUUGAAGAUCGGGCUCGAAGAAUGAAGGAGAAACUUCUGGGAGACGCGGAUGAUGGGUCCAAACAAACAAAAAGAGAAUCUUGGAUGAUCGAUCUUCCCCCAGAACUCAAAAACUUUGGUUUUGGUCCACGGACAUUCAAAAGAAGAGCGAAUGAUAAUUCUGGAGACAGAUCAAUUUGGACGGAUACGCCGGCCGAUAGAGAAAAGAAAGCUAAGGAACAGCAGGAAGCAAGAAAGCCCACCUCUAAGGACGAUGCAGAAGCGUUCCCCUCCGAGAGAGAUAGGAGGCUGGCUGAGCAGAUCUCCUCCUACAAUGACUCUCAGAGAUCUGAAUCUCUUCUGGACAUCCAUCGGAAGAAGCUCAAGAGUCAAACUGACGGGGAAAAGAAUAAACCUCAGGAGAGAAGGCCCUUCGAUCGAGACCAGGAUCUCCAAGUCCACCAGAUUGAUGAAGCCCGAAAGAAAGCCCUCAUAAAACAGUCCAGAGACUUGAACACGAGGUUUUCCCAUGGCAAAUGCAACACGUUUUUAUAAGGGAUGCUGACCGAAAUAGCCGGCGUGCUAAAUUUAAAAAAAAAAAAAUCCUUUGUAUAUACGACACACACAUGUGAAAAAUAAUGUUCCUUUAAAUUGAAGUUCUGCUACAUUCUGUUGCAUGGAUGACUGGAUUUUGUUUGCAUGAGUCUGGCAGUUAGUAAAAGGAAGGAA